AUGGUGACCGAUCACGUUAAGGUUGCUGGUUAUUUGAUUCUUGAUGUUUGGAUUGAUACAAUUAAGAAUGAUGCUGGUCAAGACGUCUUCAAUCGGUUUUAUGUUUGUUUCGAUGCCCUUAGAAGAACUUGGAAACAGACUUGCCGGCCAAUAAUAGGAGUUGAUGGCGCCUUCUUAAAGGCAAAGAUCAAGGGACAGUUGCUUGCUGCAUUAGGCAGAGAUGCAGACAAUGGCAUCUAUCCAAUAGCCUGGUGUGUUGUUCAAGUUGAGAACAAAGACAAUUGGUUAUGGUUUGUGAAGAGAUUGAAGACUGACCUGGAUCUAAACGAGGGAGAUGGUUACAUUUUAGUGUCUGAUCGACAAAAGGGGUUGAUAAAAGCUGUGGAGUUGGAGUUACCACAAAUAGAGCAUAGAAUGUGUGUUAGACACAUCUAUGGGAACUUGAAGAAGACUCAUCCUUCCAAGAAGCAAAUCAAGCCACUCCUCUGGCAUAUGGCUUGGAGCUAUAAUGCAAAACAGUUCGGUGAGAGACUGGAACAGAUACACGCUUAUGACACUGGUGUGUAUGAUGAUGUUAUGAAGUCGAAACCAAAGAGCUGGUGUCGUGCCUUCUAUAAGUUGGGGGGUUAUUGCGAAGAUGUUGACAACAACUUCACAGAAUCUUUCAACAAGACCAUCGACAAAGCAAGGGAGAAACCGUUUGUGGCAAUGUUGGAGACAGUUAGAAGACUGUCUAUGGUUCGGAUUGCCAAGCGUUCAGCUCUCUCUCAUUCUCACAAAGGUAAUUAACUUUAUUCAAAAUUUAAUGCAAUUUUCUACGAUUGUCUAUGAUUUUAUUCAAAGACUGUCUAUGAUUUCUACAUAUUUAAUGCAAUGUUCUUGGUUUUUGAUGUUUCAGGUUUAUGUACUCCAUAUGUGGCAAGGUUUCUUGCUAAAGAGCAUGACAAAGCUUCGGAAUGCCAGGUGCAUCCUUCUACUAAUGGGUGCUUUGAAGUCACACUGGAUGGAGACAAACACAGAGUUAGUUUACAAAAUAUGACUUGUACCUGCAAAAAAUAUCAAAUAUGUGGUAUUCCAUGUGAGCAUGCCUAUGGAGUGAUUCUGAAGAGGACGUUAAGUGCUGAUGACUAUGUCUGCCAGUGGUUUCGAACUGCUAUGUGGAGGCUUAACUACACAAAUGGCAUUACUCCACAAAGGGGUGCUCGUCAUUGGCCUUCGACUUUAGGUGAGAAUGUUCAUGUUCCACCUGAGCCACCACAACCUGGGAGAAAGAAGAUAACCAAGGCAGACAAGAAGAGGAAGCCAGGUGUAAAUGAGUCUCCUGUCAAGAAGAAACCAAAACAUAAAAAAAGGAUAAUGCA